CACCGGCAGAAUGCCAAGGCGGGACGGUGCCAAAAAAACAAAUUAUGUUGCUUCGGAAUUUAUAGCACUCCAAUAGCUUCAGUCAUUCAACAUGGAUGACUUCUAUACGUCCGAGUGGCCAGAUGAUUCAGAAAUGGAUAUGUUAUCUGGAGAUUGGGAAGAAGUGCCGGACGCCUGGGAUUUUGACCAAACGACCGGGAUGUCACAUGCUACAGCUACUAGGUUGAAGUCAGAGGUGGAGAAGAUUGGAGCACGUGCAAUGUCCCUGUUUCGGCAAGGAGAUUAUUUCAGUGCCGCCCAUUGGUGGUCAGAGGCACUGCAGUACGCAGAGAUACUCGGCAACAGGGAAACAAUUGCCCGGCUCCUCUUGAACCGGUCCACUUGUGCCCAAAAUAUUGGGCGGGAAGAUAUGGCUCUGUCUGAUGCUGAAGAUGCCAUCAGUGCUGAUCCUACACGGUUAAAGGGGUACCUCAAAGCUGGUCUGUCUGCUCUCAGGAUGCAGCGCUUUGACCAGGCCCUAUACCUCUUCCGCAAUGGGUUUCUCAAGGCGGCAGAACUUAACAGGCCUUUGCAGAAAGAACCGCUCGAGUUCCUCAUUAACAUAGCUGGAGUCAUUCAUUGUCUUCAUGGAUUUCGAGUGGAAGUCUUACUUCAGACCAUUCGACCUGCCAAACGCCUCCGUACUAUGCUUGUGGAGCAGUUGGUGAUGGACAAGAAAUGGAAUCAUCUAAGAGCUGUCUUCUUUGGAGGAGGUGCUGGACACCGGCCAAACAGUGGAGGCAUUGCAACCGGCUGUGACACGUCCAAAAUCAACCUGUCACCCAUCCUUCACUACUACUACACCCAACCACUUCCACAAGUCCGUCACACCAUCUGUGCACUUCUCCAGCAUGGAUCUGGAUUAGGAGAUUUCAGCCUAGAGCCAGGAGACACACCCAUUCAUGCUCUGCUCAAUGUGGAACUGAAGAGCGGUGACAACAGUCUUCAGAUAAUGACGAUGGUCUGCGAAUCUCUCACAUCGCGAUUCAGUCACUCACUUAAAGCUACCAACGCAAAAGGCAACACCCUAUUACAUGUAGUCACCAUGGCAGAUAGAGACCACCUGAGCACCAAAAGCUGUGCCUUGCGGGCUUUGACGCUUUUGCUUCAGGCUGGGCUGGACCCUGGCAUCACUAAUACUGAUGGGAAAAAGGCCGUCCACUACGCUCGGAAAGGAUCCGAGCUCUUUUAUCUCUUGGAGAAUGGAUGCGAUGAAGCUCGAGGCGCAUCAAACAACUUCUCACAGCCGCCACCAACUCAACCACAGCCCAGUCAGCCAUCAGUUCCUCCGCACACAUCAAAAGAUAAAGGACAAAAGACUAAAGCACACAUGACUCCCAUCGAACGGGCCAGGAAGUUCAUGCAAGAGGGAAAAUCCAUGGAUGCUCUGAAGAUCUUUGCACGAACGAUCAGUGAAGCAAAGCUAAAAGGCGAUGGAGACAUGACUGCAGAACAUCAACAAUGUCUGGAAGGCAUAGCUCAUGCAAUGGAGAACAUCAAAGUGGUACCGAGACAAGUUGUCGUUGAGGCACCUCUGUCCGUGUGGCGGGGCACUGUGGUAAAGCUAUCAUCUCAAAAGAGGUGGCGCGCCCUUGGGAUGCUCCUGACAGGAGGAGGGAACUACUGCAACACCGGUGACGGAGGUCUAGCCACCGGCUGCAACACAACAUGCGUUCCCUUGGUGGAAGUCUUAAAGUUCUUUGAGAGCGAGGAAGGGAAACAGAGUGGUCUGAGGAAGUACAGCGUGAUAAAAACACUGUUGAAAGGCGGUACCUCCCCAGACGGAGACACCAACGACACCCACCCCAUCAGCCACUGCCUGGAGAGUGAAGACUUUGCAGCAGUUCAAAUGCUUCUUGAACAAGGAGCAAACCUUUCCAAGCUGACACUCCGGGAAGGGGAUACUCCUUACCAUGCAGCGGUCCAGAUUGCAAAAGAAGGAAAAUGUGGAAUCCUGAAACUCCUCAUCAGCAAAGGAGAGAUUGACCAUAGCAUCAGGGACUCAAGUGGAAACACCUUGAUGCAUGUUGCUGUCAAGGGAAAAUAUUCAAUGGACGGUGCAAAGCUCAUAGAAGAACUAGUUCGCAUGGGUGUUGACCCGUCAGUAAAGAACAAUGAAGGCAUGACGCCACUCGACUACCUGAAGGAGGGAGAUCGCAGAAGACAUCUUUUGGAACCACUUAUGGAGAAACAAAAACAGGUACCAACAAGGAAAUCAGACCACAACAUCAACAAUAAUAAUUCCAACGAGAUGGACAAAGGUAUGACAAGUUACCCAGCUGACACAACUGCAGAUAGCUGGGAGGACGCCGCAGCUACCAGGGAGUCAGGAGACAAGAAAAAGCCUACUCAAGCAAAGAGACAGAUAUCGUCAUCUCAGGCGCAAAAGAAAUCAGUCAAGGAAGAUAUUAAAAGCCGCAUUCUUCAUUCCAUUGAAACCAUUCCGUUGCUGAAUAAGGAGGAAACAGAGGAAAGGCUAAGACUACCAGACACCAGUUACGAUGUUUUUGACAAAGGCCUUCCAUGGGAAGUGGAGUGUACUGACAAGGUGAAGAAGAUUCUGAAGAAGAAGAGUUUUCCCUAUGACAUCAAGAAACGCGUGGUAGAGAAGGUAAACCGACUUGCAAAAGGAGAGUGGAUCCCUAACUUGACAAAGACAGUUCGUGGUCGGCCCCAAGAAGAAGGAAUGCGGUUGUUUGAAGCAAAAAUAGACAAAGCUUCCAGGAUCUUGUGGGAGAUAGCCAUCGCCUUUUCACCACGCUUGAGUGAUAAGCCAAUAAAGUGGCUAAAGGGGGCCCAAGAAGCAGAAGAGUCCACCACCUUGACAUCUGGGGGUCGAAUCUACACUGAGAUCAUCCGGCUCUGGGACAUCGUCCUUGAUCAUGACAACCUUGAACGUGCUAUUGACCAGGCGGUAACAUCAUUCGUGCGGGGUAAAGCCAGCAUGCCCAUGGCAAAGAAGAGUCUCAUUGGAAGUACAAGCCUGCAAUUCAAAUCAGCUCCAGCCACCACCGAUAGGCUUCCAAUGUUGUUUACUGAGAAAGAAAUCACAAACAGAACCAAAGAGAUCCCAGAGGAACAGCAGUUCUUCCCUGCAGCCAGUUCUAAUGAGAACGAGUACAACAUUCUCAAGUUCUACUGCUUUUCAUCUUCCUUGGUCAACAACAUCCUUCGAGAUGACAGCUUACCAGUAGAGUUUCCCUUCAAAGUGACCGACCUGGAACAUGCCAUUGUCCAUCUGAAAGCCCAACCUCCCUCGUCGAUCCUACUACUUGGGCGAAGUGGGACAGGGAAAACAACAUGUUGCCUAUUCCGGCUUUGGUAUGCAUAUUUGUCUUACUGGACCAAGAGUGCUGCUCAUGGUUUUGAACCGUGGGUUCCAAAAAGCAAGGCAUAUAUUCAACGACGCAUCAGAGCAAAUAAUGAAGAUGACAAUGAAGAGGAGGAAGAAGAGUCAGAGAUCAGUCCAGCUGAAAACAGUGGCUCAGAAGAGGAGACUUGUACAAAAAACAAAAAGGAAGUGAACAAUGUAGACAAUGGUCACCAAAUCCAUCAUCCAGAAACCAAAGUAGACCCCUCCAUGCAGAAAAUAGAUGAUGAGGAUGAAUCACUCCACACAGAGAUGACAAAGCGUGACUGGAAGGAGCCAGAACCAAAAGAGAAUCUGGAUCGUGGCGAGCAAGAGUUUGAGCACCUUCAUCAAAUCUUUGUGACGAAGAAUGCUGUACUCUGUAGUGAGGUUGGAAAGAACUUUCGUGAGCUUUGUCAUGGAACUGAAGCAGCUCAAAAGUACCUUGAAGCUGACCAAGAUGAGAAGAUUUCAGUAAGACUUCAAGACGUUGAUCCAGCAGGCUUCCCGCUCUUCCUGGACUCCAGGCAAUGGUUGCUUAUGUUGGAUGCUUCUCUGGAAGAGCCCCACUUCUUUAAGAGAGGUGAUGGAGGACAUAUGACUGAAGAGAUACCCGGUUGGAUGGAGAAUGAUGGUCCAACGACAUUCAUCCCUACAGAUUCUGAUCUAGAAGACGACUCUGGUGAUGAUGAUGAUGAUGACUUCGAAGGUGGACAGGAGCUCGACAAGUUGAAAGCAGCAAUCGAUGCAGCUGAAGAUAGCGGUCGACCCCAACAUGAACGGCUCACUAUGAGACGAGAAGUAACGUAUGAAGUGUUCCGCACAGAGUUGUGGAAACGUGUGAAUCGUGGGAGAGUAGAGUUCCAUCCUACCCUGGUCUGGAUGGAAAUCAUGUCAAUCAUCAAAGGUUCGGUUGAAGCUGUUGAGACAAAGGAAGGGUUCCUCAGCCGUGAAGAGUACCUUGAAAUCGGCAAGAAGCGUGCAGAGUUUACUGGUGACCGUGACAUGAUCUACGACAUCUUCCAAACCUACCAGCAUGAGAAACGACAACGACACAUGUUUGACGAAAUGGACUUCGUACACAAUCUGUACAAGCGACUUGCACAGGCCGAGGAUGUAGACUGGUCCAUACAUCAGGUGUAUGUGGAUGAGACGCAGGACUUCACCCAAGCUGAGCUUGCAUUGUUGAUCCGCUGCUGCUGUGACCCAAACGAAAUGUUCUUCACCGGAGACACGGCUCAGAGCAUCAUGAGAGGGGUGUCCUUUCGAUUCAAAGACCUCCGCUCGCUGUUCCACAAGGCCAGAGAGUCACUGCAACAGAUGGGAAAGAGGACAGCAGUGCAGGUACCCGACAUGUAUCAUUUGACGCACAACUACCGGUCUCACUGUGGCAUCCUCGACCUGGCAGCAGGUGUGAUCAAACUACUGGAGAGGUUCUUUCCCUACUCAUUCGACCAUCUACCAAAGGACAGGGGCAUCAUGGAGGGACCCAGGCCCCUUUUGCUGCAGGGAUGCUCACAGAAGGACUUAGUCACCCUUCUACAAGGAAACCGUCGAGCGACAUCCACUAUUGAGUUUGGCGCUCACCAAGUUGUUCUGGUGGCAAACAGUGGGGCAAAGGAGGACAUGCCUGAUGUGUUCCGUGGAUCACUGGUCCUCACCAUCUAUGAAUCGAAGGGACUGGAAUUUGAUGAUGUGUUACUAUACAACAUCUUUAAGGACUCACAGGCAAACGAAGAAUGGAGGGUUGUGUUGACCCGCAUGGAAGAGGAUAUGGGCAAGGCUUCCAACACAGAGGCACGAGUAAAAUCGGAAGGAUUGUUGAAGAUUGACGAUGACCAGAGCAGUGCUGUGGCACAGGCCAGACCUCUGGAAUUCAACCCAGAGAAGCACAAGGUGCUGAACUCUGAGCUCAAGAACUUGUACACUGCCAUCACUCGUGCAAGGGUGAACGUCUGGAUUUUCGACGAAGACACAGCUAAGCAUGCCCCAAUGUUCAAGUAUUUCCUUGCACAGCAGUUUGUCGAAGAGCCACAAAGGGAUGAGCAAGGUCAGCUGUCUUCCAACGUCUUCGUGAAAGAGUCCACACCUGAAGAAUGGUGUCAGCGGGGUGAGUACUUCUACAAGAAGGAGCGAUGGGAAAUCGCUGCAGACUUCUUCAAGAAAGGAGGAGAUCGGAAGAAAGCAAACAUGGCCUUGGCACAACAUCUCGCUCAUCAAGCCAGCCAGGACGCGACUAUCACAAGAGAGAAACACAAGAUAAGACAGAGGUUCCUGGAGUCAGCAGACCUCUUUCUGCAAAGCGGAAAUCACGUGGACGACAGAGACGCCCUGGUCAGAGCAGCCCGGUGCCUCACCAACUCAAGGGACUACCAGCUAGCAGCUCAGCUGUUUGAACGACUUGGGGAGUUUUCAAGCGCUGCCCAUCUGUACCAGAGAGAAAACAUGAAAGUGGAGGCCAGUCGCUGCUUCGUGCAGGCCGGAAACUUCAAGAAGGCGGUAAAUUUCUUACGAAGUGUCGAUGAGUAUGAAGCUGCUGCUGAUGUGUCCGAGCAGUAUGUCAAGUUGCAAAGCAAGUGCCAGCAGGAGGGGCUGAAUCCAACUGUUGUAAUGACAGCGCCUAUUCACACACCAGAUAACCUUCUCCUUGCAGCCAUUGACCACUACCACAGGCAUGGCGAAGAAGAAAAUAUGGUAGCUUGUCUGAACCGACUCCCAGUUGAUACCCGUCUGACAUUCUUCAAGAAACACGGCCAUGAAAAGGAAGCAGCAGAGCUUCUGAAGAAAGAGGGAAGGGGUCAGGAAGCGGCCGAGCUGCUGAAAUCAAUAGGAGAGUUUGAAGCUGCCGCCAAAGCUGCAGACCAAAACCAAAAUCCACAGUUUGUAGCCGAGUGUCUACUCAUCCAAAGUCGCAAGCAGAGGAAGCAUACGACAACUGACAUCCAAGGGACCAAGGACAACCUGAUAACUUGUAUGUUCCUAUACAACAAGUGUGGCAACAAUGAAGGCAGGGCUGAAGCUAAGAUGAUGCUUGGAGACUUGACAGAUGAUGACAGUAUGCUAAAAAGUGCUAUCAAGCACUUUGGGAUCAAUAUUGCAGGAGCUCUGGAGGCAGCAGCCCUGCUAGUGAAGAGGAAGAAGACCUUGACGUUCAGUGAUAUUCACCACAUCCUGGCACUCAUGGAAGACUUCUUCAGCCUGAUAAGAGCUCUCUUGCUCUUCAGGGGACACAGUGUAAAAGAGCAGCAAUGGAUAAAGGCAUGUGAGCUAUUCUACGGUGUGAAACGCACAGACGUCCGCAGUGCAACAUUCUCUUCAUCCGAAGAGCCACGUAUCUUGGAUGCCUUGGACAGAGACUUUCCUGGGAAAAGCAAGUCUACAGCGAAGAUGGACCUCCACACAGCAAGAGCAUGCAUGGCAGGAGACCUCCUCAGAAACAUAGAUCAGCUGAAAGAAAAGUUGACAAAAAUGCUACAGUCUAUUGCAACAAGAAGCCGAGUAUGCCAUAUGUACACAGCUGGAUUGAGCUGUUGGAAAGGGGAUGCCUGUGCUUACCUACACCAUGCGUAUGACAAGGACACUCUCAAUUCGCUUCUGCAAGCAACGGUGCUUCUCAUAAAAGUUCAAGGGCUCUUUGACCUUGGAUAUGAGAAGAUAAAAGACAGCACAUGGGAGACGGUACAACAGGCUUUCGCUUCCCACAAAGAAUGUGGUGCAGAGAAAGGCAGGCUAUGUGAUGACCUAUACGAUAUCCUCUUCCCAACACACGGCCACCAGAGGCUUCUCACUCAGAGCUUCUUGACAGCUAGAGAUGUUUUCCACAAGUUUCAGGGAGAUGCAAUUGUUUUGUCAUGCAUUCGCGACUAUGCCAGGUCUCUAUGGGAAUCUGCCAGUCACAGCGAAAAAAGAUCAAACACAGACCUCCUGAUCAAGAUAGCCCACCUGUUUCGACUAGCCAAAGACCCACCAGUUAACUUCUCAAGUCUACUUGUGUCUGCCGAGGAAGGGUUCAAGAAGGAGGCUUUGAAAAGACGCCAUCCAGAGAAGAUACCACUUCACAUUGGCAUGAUCUGCUUGAAGGGUGGUACGACCAAUCCAGUGUUUGUCAGCGUCAUGAGAAGACUUGAGGAAUUCAUCCAAGACAUCUACGUAAGGGAAAAUGUUCUGUCUUCAAUGGGCAACAUGAGGGCUUUCAUGGGUUUGCUGGCUAAGAGGGCUAAGGAGCCACUUAUCCCGUCGUUUGCAAACACUUGCUUCUUCUUGGAACUACUUGUUGUAAUCUGCUACUCAAUGUAUGCCAAGAUGAACCAACACAUGCUGCUUUGCCUCCCUGCAAGCUACAUCUCAAUGGUCCACUUGUUUGAUCGCCUGUGGAGCAAUGGUAGGACCUCUAUCUAUUCAUCCAUCGAAAGGUUGCCUUACAGGAAAGAUGAGGUGCUAGAGAAGAUUAAUCAAUGCAUUUGGUUCAUCAUAGACAUCAUCUGCCAAAGUGAAAAGUUCCCUGAUUUCAACGUCAUUGAUGAUGCCUUCCGUCCAAACAUCCCUGACUAUGCGGAAAGCGGCGAGAUGGAACGAGUCUUCAUCCUGGCAGCAGUGUUGAUUUGUGGUUGUGGUGGGCCUGUGGCAAAGAAUGCCGAGAUUCCUUUGCGGAGAGCUCUGUACCAGAUUAACAUCAAGAAACACUUUCCACAACGACUUGCAGAUGCCAUCAGAGGAAUGAGAUCAGCCAAAGGAAUACGGGAUGUUGUGAUCCUCCUACGAGACUUACUACAGGCCAGGGAUCAGGAGUACCUUCGGCACUGCUGUUGGAAAUAUCCAGGCAAAAUGACAAGGGGUACCGGUAUCUACAGGGGACUCAACUUCGAGCAAGUGAAGCCUGAUAUGUUCAUCAGAGGUUUCUGGCGAGAGAUGGCAGUAGAGUUCUACUCCCAUGAUGAUGAUGUUGUAACGCAUGCCAAUGACAACACUGUCCACUCUCACGCUGAUGAUGCUGUGAAUCAUACCGACGACAACCCAGUUAGUGCGCUCUCACAAAACGACAUGUGCGAAACGUCUGGCAAUGACGUCCUCAACCCACAUGGUAGCGCAAGAACUGUAGAGAUACCGGUAGAAGCUUCACAGGCUGACUUGGAAGAUGACAUGUUUCAUGCCCAAGACGAAGAUGAUGUCAUCAUUGAAGAUGAAUUUGAAGAAGAGGAAGUUGAUGAUGGUACCCAGACUGCGGAUGAUCCUACACUUACAGAAGGCCUUGAAAAUAUAAAUAGAAGGAUUUUGGAACAACAAGCUGAUAUGAAGCGACGACAAAAGGCAGCAAGCACAAUUCAACAGUUUUGGCGUGCACUUGGCAGAAUUGGGCCAAAGAUUGAGAAAACAGUGUUCGAGUCAGCACACAGGAUUACAAACAUUGAACGUCAGAUGUCAGUGGAGCAAGAUGACCUGCGUGAAUUCAAACUUGACGACACAGGAUGCCGCAUAUGUGGCGUCACUUUUGGGUCUCGUCCACAUAUCCGUGAUGACGCGGAAGAACAGGAGGAAGAUCAGGAAAGGGAAAACUUCGAGGAAGCCUGGGAUGUAGAUCCUGAUGGGGUCAAACCAGAGGAGGAAGAGCUAGAUAUCAUCACUCGCGAAAAGCAUUUGCAGGACCCAAUGCAUUCAAAGAAUCUUAGUGAGUUUGCUCAGUUCAAGCAAUUCUACACCACAGAUGUUGCUAGGGUCCAGAAACGGUUUGACAAGUUCACACUUGAAGCUGAUAAUGACAAGGAGAAUGAAGGAGCGGUCAUGUUGGAAAUCCAAAAGGUAAACACAGCACAGGACUUGCUUCGGAAGUUACUCGAGAAGAUCAAAGAUGAAUGUUAUUGGAACAAGCGACAGGAUGCCUAUGAAGCACUUCGCAACCUUCAAGAGGCUCUUGUUGCAUUUCGGAGAGCAAAGCGUCUCAUAGAGAGACAGGCUGAUGAAGAGGGCACAUUGGCGGCAUUCGCGGAUGAAGAAGGCGAAGAGUUCCGCAACCUUGACGAAGAUGACUUCAUCGCUGUUGGUGUGAAGAAACAGCGUGCAAAGGGCAAAGGCGGUCGCCAAAGGAAGAAGAGAACUAGAAAGAAUCAGAAGUGAAAGCACCAAUGGGUAAAUAAUGAAAAGCAGGUUUCAACGUCAUCUUGGAUUUGGAUGUCAAGAAACUUAUCUUACCUUACAAGUGAAACAACUUUUUGUCCAAGAGAAGUGUCAGAAUAGUUAAUCUGGUUUAGUUAGUUCUUGUACUUACAAUUUUCCUAUUAAUUGUAAAGAUGCUAUGUUUUGCAGUGAAUCUACCAACCAUAAAGGUAGUGUUAGACAAGUACAUGUAUUAGAAGCUCAUAAUGCUUACAAGAUAUCUUUCGUUUAGAUUAGCGAGAUUAGAUUAGAGAAUGAGAGUAGAAUAUAUUUUCGAUAGAUUAUGGUCUACAAUGGCUGGUUUGUGUGACAGAAGAUUUUGAUUGUCUUGUCCCUCUUUUCUGGAUCUGCAUUGCAU